GCACCUCACGGACGAUGACGGAAUUCGUCGUCUUUGUCCAAGCUACUAGGAAAAACAUCCCACGCACUUCUCACACAACUUCUACACACAUCUUCACCUUUUUCUCAUGUCAAUGCAACUCGCAGCCCUCUGUGCUUGCUACGAAGCUUCAUUGCGGUCGGUUGCUAGCACGUCAUGACCAGUCCUUUCGGUGUCAUUGUGUCCGGCCGGCCCAUCUCCACCGAGCCUCAGGUGAUUUCAGAGACACAGUUCGCCUUCCCAAUACCUUCGCAGCCGCAUUUCUCGCAUAUCGUCGUCUUCCUGCUCCCAGGCACUACACUUCCAGAUGGCACGGCUGCCGCUGUGUACGCGCAAUUGGUCGGCUCGAGCGAGUACAAACUGCUAGGCGCAAUUGCGAACGAGAAGCCGUCGGCGAUAUUCAAGAUAAACAACAAGCCCGGCGGGCCUGCGGGAGGGGGAUUAGGGGACGACGAUGCCAUGGCAGAUGAUGCUCCACAACCCGCGAUCGUCGGUUCAGUGCCAAAUGUUGUAUUGGGAAUAUCAUUAGAGCCUGCCGCUUCUGUGCUUGCGAAUCUGGAACAGAAGAAGGCACAGGAUGCUGCUGCUUCCGCGACCGCAGGCUCGAGCCUAGUGCUCACUACCAGGAGGGAACCAGAUGCGGCCACUACAAAGGUGUUAGCACAAAGGAUCAUCAAGAAUUGUUACGACUUUUUGACAAGCUGGGGAACGGGAGAUACAGUUCCCCUGAAGGCAUUCCAGGCUUGGUGGACCAAGUUCGAGGGACGGCUGGACAGAGAUCCGACUUUCUUGGAAAGGAGCGACAUAUAAUUAUAAGGCAUCACUAUUGAGCUGUUGCUUUGGGCAGCAGAGUGAAGAUCAUACAAACGAUAGUACACAUCUAGAGACGGCAUGUGUGAACUACUGGCAUACCCGGAAGUGGAUGUUCGCAUCCACUCACGAUGGAUACAUGCGACAGUUUCAUACCUAAUGUGACAAUGGCAAGACUCACAAGAGUGGGGAGAUGCCUGUUUGAUUCGCCUUCAAUGCAGGUUCUGUUCGCGUCGCUCUUGGUCCUCUUU